UAAAUAUGUUAUUAUGCUGGGCCUACGGUACAUUUUAUGAUUUACUGUAUUCAAAUCAGAAUUGAGUGUUUAUUGAAAUUUGUUAUGGAUCUAUUGAGUCUAAGAUUGAAAUGUACCUGGGGGGUGGGGAGUACAGUAUCAGUAGCAUACUGUGUACUACCGCGGUAGCUUUUAUUGCAACUCAUAUAUUAAAAAAAUAAGCUAUAUAUAUAGUAGCAGUAAAAGAAGAGUGUGUCAUUCACAAAUGGGUGGCUUGAUCCUGUUAAUUACUGGUUUGGAUGCAGAUUAUGCUUGUGUUGAUAUUUCAGGUCUUUAUUUUUGACUGACAAUUUGCUUUCCACUGCAUUCAAUUGUUUUCCACUUCAUUCAAGUGUAUUUACCAUAAAAGGGGGCAUUUCACUUACAGCUCUGGUACAGAACUUACAUGUAAAGACGCUUUAUUAUGUUUUUAGAAAUUACGUUAUACCAUCUCAUAGAUAUAUGUAUUGUAUUUAUUUUCAUAUUUCAUUUUUUGCCAUACAGGUACGUGCUUUUAGGCUGUAACACCUUUCAAAUUUCAAUAUGGCACCAGAACAUACUAAGAGUAACACAGAACAAUUGAGGAAAGAAGAAUUAUUGUAUUCAUGCCCAGGCGCCAUGUUUGAGUAAAAUCCAGCAAGCUUGUAAAAUAUGAUAGUGUACAUGACUGGAAAAGAAAGUGCUGUGCCAGCAUUGCAGGGUAGCUAGAUUUUCAAGUUGAAUAAUGUAGUUGCUUUCCUGGUUUCCAGUCUGUAAAAUGAAUGUGGCAGAAUGAUAAGAUAUUAACGCCUGUUUUAGAGUAAAAUGGAGCAUGAUUGUGGGGAUCUAUUGAUAUAAGCACAAUGCUGAACGAUAAUGCUACAUUAGACAAUGUUUUAACAGUUAACCAAACUGGGGAAAAUAAGGAUUGUAUCAUGUUUGAAUGCCACUUGAUGAUAUUGCUGGUCCUUUUUAGUUUGCAGUGGAUCCUUGACAAACAGGAUUUGAUAAAAGAACGCCAGAAGGACCUGAAGUUUUUGGCAGAAGAAGAAUAUUGGAAAUUGCAGAUUUUUUUUGCCAAUGUUAUUCAAGCUUUAGGAGAACACCUGAAGCUUAGACAACAGGUUAUAGCAACUGCUACUGUAUACUUUAAGAGAUUCUAUGCCAGAUAUUCACUUAAAAGUAUAGAUCCGGUUCUCAUGGCUCCAACCUGUGUGUUCUUGGCAUCCAAAGUAGAGGAAUUUGGUGUUGUCUCAAAUACCCGAUUGAUAUCCGCUGCUACAUCUGUAUUAAAAACUAGAUUUUCAUAUGCCUUCCCAAAGGAAUUCCCAUACAGGAUGAAUCAUAUACUGGAAUGUGAAUUCUAUCUAUUAGAACUAAUGGAUUGCUGUUUGAUUGUGUAUCACCCUUAUAGACCUCUUCUCCAGUAUGUACAGGAUAUGGGGCAAGAGGACAUGUUGCUUCCUCUAGCAUGGAGGAUUGUGAAUGACACAUAUAGGACAGACCUCUGUCUCUUGUAUCCACCAUUUAUGAUUGCACUAGCCUGCUUACAUGUUGCUUGUGUGGUGCAGCAAAAAGAUGCAAGGCAGUGGUUUGCUGAGCUUUCUGUGGACAUGGAAAAGAUCCUUGAGAUAAUCAGAGUUAUUUUGAAGUUGUACGACCAGUGGAAGAACUUUGAUGAUAGAAAAGAAAUGGCUGCUAUUCUCAACAAGAUGCCUAAACCAAAGCCUCCUCCAAACAGUGAGACUGAUCAGAGUUCCAAUGGAAAUCAAAGCUCAUCCUACAAUCAAUCGUAGGACAUUCUGGAAGCGAGGACUGUGACCACAAAGGAGAUUUGAGCAGAAUAUAUAUGAAACAGGGAGCAAUAUAUAUAUAUAUAUAUAUAUAUAUAUAUAUAUAUAUAUAUAAUAAUAUCAGGGGUGAAGAAGUUGGAAGCCUGUUUAUGGGCCAACUUUUUUUUUUUUUCUUUUUUUUGGGCUACCAUCUCAGAUUUUACAUUUACUCAAAGGUUUUUAUACAUCUUUGAUUAUAUGGUGGAUGACUGAAAUCCCAGUGGAAUUUACAAUGUCGUGUGUCCCUCUUAGACUUUUGUAUGACUGCUUGGAACCAUGAAAACCUUAAAUACCAAAAUGAAUUUGCUAGGUACAAUCAGUGGCAAAAGGAGUGAGUGCAUUGAAUACAUUUUUUGUGUGUGUUUUUUCAUAUGGGUUUGUAUACAAUGAUUUGGGUGCUGUACAACUAUAUUGCUAAACUGAAGGAAUGGUUGUAAGCUAGUAAAAUAUGCAGCAUUAAGUUAUAAAAUUAUCUGAAAACACCUAUUCUUAGGUGGUGGAGGAGUUUCCAAUAUGAUGAAAUUCACCUUUUACCUCCAGCACUCUUCUGUACUUAAGUUAUUGUGGACAUAAUUCCAUGUGCUGUAACAGUGCACCAUCUUGUUUGGUGUGAAUUGGUACUGUACUUUACUUUGUAUGUGUGAGAAUGUAAGACUUAUGCAACAGAGGGGAUUUUUUUAAGGCAUUGCUUGCACUAGCAGCCAUACGCUUUCAGCCAGCAAACUACUUAACUCCCCGCACAUUAUCUUUUUGAAACACCAGACUGGGGUUUGAAUUGCUUUGGUUUUUUUCCUUUUCUUUACUUGCAAUUAGGUUUUUGUUAUAACAAAUGUCCAGUGUGUAUGUUAAAUGUAUUUUGAUCAUACAUACAGAUAAAACUGAACCAGCAAAAAUAAUCCUGAUUACAAAUACAAAUUCUUCAAAAAUUAAAAAAAAAAAAAAAAUCAGUUUGGCAACACCCUAAAAUCUGAUACAUGUCAAAACCUCUUAGUCUGGAUACUCCUUUUUAUAUAUUUUUUAUAAACAUCUUGUACAUCUAGAAUAUAAUUAUACAUCUGGGUCUAAUUGGGUAAAUCUAUAAAGUGUACAUCUAUUCUGUUAUUUCUGUAAGCCAAUGGUCUUUCUGUAGAUGUUACUUUAAUGUGUGUCUAAAGCCAGAUUCUUGUAUCAGAAACACACCAUUUGAAGCAGGUCACUAAGAAUAGUACUUUCCUUAACACAGUGUUGGUUUUAAUUUAAGUGCUAAUCUGGUUUUAUAAAUAGAUUGUUUAAAAGUAUUGAUUGGUUAUUUUGAUGGGUAUUAUUGCAGUUUAAGGGCCCUUUCUGUUUUGGAUAGGAUAACAAUAUAUUCUUUAAAGCUUUCUGGAGAUGGAUACAUAUUUAUGAUGCAGACAUAAAAAAAAAUAAUGAUUAUUAUAAUUAUACUUGCCAGCCUGAGUGUGUCUGAAGUUAUCUCAGAUGUUAGUGAGUGUUCAUUUUGUUUAAAUUUGACUGUGUUGGGGCUGUUUCCAAUAGUAAAUUCAGUGCUUGCAGUGUCCAAAACGGGAAAUGUGUUUUAUUUUAACUUCUGCCAUUUCACUUAUAAAAUCUAAGCUUGAAUGCCUUAACAUUUAGCUGCUGAUUUUAAAACUUGAAUAUUAAAUAGACUGUGAAACUGUUUAAAAUAUAACCUUCACAUCAAUUCGUAUAGAUUUUUGAUAGGUUUUCGAAAGCGGUGUUUUAAAAUAACUGCUGAAGUUAAAAAAAAAAAAAUGCUACGUGUUAAUGUGUUGCACUCUUGCUAAUAUUUGUGCUAACCUGAAAAUCAUAAACCAUUUCUGGUGAACAUUGUUAGACUUGCCACUACUUUUGUUGAUUACCCACCACCACCAAUAAUGCAUCAGCUUUUAUCAGUCCUGCUGGUAAAAAAAAAAAAAAAAAAAAAAAGCCUAUAGGUCAAAAUUCCUUAAACCUAUGUUUUAUCUUUUUUUUUUUUGCUGUUCAUUGUAGAUGAAUAGUUAUUGCUUAAUUUUGUAUAGUUCAGGUUAAAUUGAACCUUUUUUUAAUAAAAAAUGUUUAUUUUUAAAUGGAACCUGUCAAAACUGAUUACCAAAAUGUUGCAUUUCUGUGAAAUUUCAAGUUCAUUUGAUGCAAAAGGAGGAGGGUGUCGCUUCAGGGAUUGAUGUAAUCUGAAUAAAUUGCGUUGUCGCAUUCUUA